AUGGCAGCAGCAGGGCAAGCAUUCCGACUCUGCGUCCGCAGCUGUCGCCGGAUAUCAACGACACCGCGCAUCGCCGUCACCGUACCCCGAGCCUCGACACGCCAAUUCGCCCAGACGCAACGACGAACAUUCGCCGCGAGCUCCACAAGACGGGCACCGCCGAACGAUGAGGGAAACCCCGACGGCGAGGAGGGCGAGGAGGGUGUCAUUUCUGCGCCGCGCGAGACGCUCGAGGAGAUGAUGCAGCGUCUCAAGCCCGAGGAGCUCAAGGCGCUUGAAGGCGUCAAGAAGCUCGAUCCGUCGGCCCAGCAGAUGUCGCUCGAGCAAUUCCUCGAGAGAGAGAUGAGCCAGGACGAGGAGAAGCACGAGAGGCUGUUCACCCCGCAGGAGUGGAAGCAGGUGGCGGCCGAGGGACGACCGAACAGAACGUCGUUCUGGUACGACGAGGACGACCCAACGGCCCCGACAGAAGACAUGGCGGACGAGUUCGACGAGGACGAUAUGACGCCCAUGGCGCACGGAAAGUUGGACGAGAUUAGGGAGCACAGACAUUACCACCGUAUCAUGGCGUGGGAGAUGCCGCUGCUGUCCAAGCUGGCCAAGCCGUUUGAGCCUCCCCAGGAGGACCAGAUCUUGCGAUUCCGAUACACGACGUACAUGGGCGAGUACCACCCGGCAGAGAGGAAGGUGGUGGUGCAGUUCUCGCCGGCCGACCUCAAGCUCUCACCCGUGCAGGCGGACAAGCUCCGGAAGCUGGCGGGCCCUCGAUACAACCCGGAGACGGACGUCAUCAAGAUGAGCUCCGACAAGUACGAGCACCAGGCGCAGAACAAACGCUACCUGUCGGACUUGGUGGACAAGCUGAUCGCGACCGCCAAGGACCCCAAGGACACGUUCCAGGACAUCCCGCUCGACACGCGGCACCACGCGUUCAAGAACAAGCCCAAGUUCCCCAAGGAGUGGCGCAUGACUGAGGAGCGCCGCCAGCAGCUGGAUGCGUUCCGCCUGCGGGCGCUCGAAAUCGACGCAGGCAAGCAGGAGAGCGGCCACGUCGUCGACGGCACGGAGAAGAUCGAACAGGCCCUCGCGACGGCGGAGGAGCAGGCGGGAGAGAAGGUGGCUCAGCUGGUGGGCGCCCGGGGCCGGGGCGCGGGCAAGCAGAAGGCUGUCCGUCGGUAA